AUGCUUGAUCGUUCUAAAACCGACACAUUUCACCAGCCUUUUCACACCCCCACACCACACCACACCACACCUGCACACCACCAGAGCUCCCUCCCAGGCGCACAUGCCGUCGCGCGAUCUCUUACGCCAGUGACGGCCUCGCGCGCGGAUCAAGCCAAGACAGCGGGCAGUGCUGGGAAAAACUGCACCAUCUACCACUACUCUACACUUCACUGCUGCAUCCCCACAAAUACGCGCAGGCACGAGGCGGCAUACGGAACCAAAAGCUCUCCCUCUUUAAUUUGCACCCUCCCCAAAUCUCCCAUCUCCGACCAUUGCCACCCUCCUCUCUCUCUCUCUCUCUCUCUCUCUCUCUCUCUCUCAUCCAUGAGGAUCAGGAGGCGGCCACAGCCCGCGCAGCAGCCGGGCUCAGAUCCGACCAUGUCCACCACCGCGCCGCCGACGCCGCAGCGGAACGCGGCGAGGGGCCGGGGGUGGCUCGGGGCGGCCGGCGGCGGCGGCGGCGAGGAUCGCGAGGCGAAGCCGCUGCGCGCGGGCGCGGAUCUCGGGCACAAACCCGGGGUCGCCAGGCGCCUGGCAUUGCCGCAGGACGGCGGCGGCAAUGCGGCGGCGGAUCGAGGCGGGAGCAUGGGUGGCGCGCAGCAGCAUGGAGCUGCAGCUGGUGCUGAUGAUGGUGGCCGCAGGAGAUUCGGUGCCGUGAGUAAUGGGCAUCGGAAUUUGGACAAGAAGGACGGCGUGGCGUGCGUCGGUGGUGAUGCCGAGCCGGUGGUGGCGGCGAAGGCGGAGGAGCGCGGGGCGAGCAACGGUGGGCUACAGCUAGCGUUGGUGCCGGUGCCGGCGGUGGCCGUGGCCGGCGGCGGUGGGGCGAAGAAGCGGCGCGGGCCGGCGGUGCUGCUGGAGGGCUCGCGGUGCAGCCGCGUGAACGGGCGCGGGUGGCGGUGCAGCCAGCCGACGCUGGUGGGGUACUCGCUCUGCGAGCACCACCUCGGCAAGGGCCGGAUGCGGAGCGCGGCGGCGGCGGCCGCCGCGGCGCGGGGCCGGCUCGGGCGCACCGAGCAUCACGGGGCGGCCAGGGCGGCGGUCGUCGUCCCCGCCGCGUUGGGCGCGGCCUCCAUGGUCACGAUCGCCGCCGCGCCGCCGCCCAGCAGGGCCGAGGCGCCGCCGAGCCUGCCGCCGCCAUGCUAGGGGAUCGGGCCGCCAGAUUCUUUCUUUCUGGUGGCGCGUUUCGCUGGUCGGCGACGCGAAAAUUCAAUUUGAUCCUCGCUGCAAUUCUUUUGGUGGGACUUUGAAUGUCGGCGGUGGCACGGAGCAGGAGCUGGUGCCGCAGUGCGGCAACCCGGGCCGGCGUCCGUGGCCGGUCUCCGCCGUGCCGCGCGGCCAGAAUUAUUCAUUGCAAUCAUGCAAGUUUCCUGCGACUGUGUGCUCGGUGAUCUUUCAAAACAAAAAAGAGGGACUGUGUGCUCGGUGCAACUUUGGGGGCAGGAA